CUUGAAACUCCUUUGACCUUGGAAACUGAAGAUGAGGUUGCCAUGGGAACUGCUAGUGCUGCAAUCAUUCAUGUUGUGCCUUGCAGAUGACUACACACUGCAUGGCCCAGUUUUUGUACAAGAACCAAGUCAUGUCAUGUUUCCUUUGGACUCUGAGGAGAAAAAAGUGAAACUCAGUUGUGAAGUUAAAGGAAAUCCAAAGCCUCACAUCAGGUGGAAGUUAAAUGGAACAGAUGUUGACAUUGGUAUGGAUUUCCGCUACAGUGUUGUUGACGGCAGCUUGUUGAUCAAUAACCCCAAUAAAACUCAAGAUGCUGGAACGUACCAGUGCAUAGCAACAAACUCGUUUGGAACAAUUGUAAGCAGAGAAGCAAAGCUUCAGUUUGCUUAUCUUGAAAACUUUAAGACAAGAACAAGAAGCACAGUGUCAGUCCGUCGAGGUCAAGGAAUGGUACUUCUGUGCGGCCCGCCACCCCAUUCUGGAGAACUGAGCUAUGCCUGGAUCUUCAAUGAAUACCCUUCCUAUCAGGAUAACCGUCGCUUCGUUUCUCAAGAGACUGGGAAUCUGUAUAUUGCCAAAGUGGAAAAAUCUGAUGUUGGUAAUUAUACCUGUGUAGUUACCAAUACUGUGACCAACCACAAGGUCCUGGGACCACCCACACCACUAAUCCUGAGAAAUGAUGGGGUGAUGGGUGAAUAUGAGCCCAAAAUAGAAGUACAGUUUCCAGAAACCGUCCCAGCUGAGAAAGGAACAACAGUCAAGCUGGAAUGCUUUGCCUUAGGAAACCCAGUCCCAACUAUUCUAUGGCGAAGAGCUGAUGGAAAGCCGAUAGCAAGGAAAGCCAGAAGACAUAAGUCAAAUGGAAUUCUGGAAAUUCCCAAUUUCCAGCAGGAAGAUGCUGGUUCAUAUGAGUGUGUGGCUGAAAACUCCAGAGGCAAAAACGUAGCAAAGGGACAGUUGACUUUUUAUGCUCAACCUAACUGGGUUCAAAUAAUAAAUGAUAUCCACGUGGCCAUGGAAGAAAGUGUCUUCUGGGAAUGUAAAGCAAAUGGGAGGCCCAAGCCUACCUACAGGUGGCUAAAAAAUGGAGACCCACUGUUAACACGGGAUAGAAUACAAAUCGAGCAAGGAACACUCAACAUAACAAUAGUGAAUCUCUCAGAUGCUGGCAUGUACCAGUGUGUGGCAGAGAAUAAACAUGGAGUUAUCUUUUCCAGCGCUGAGCUUAGUGUAAUAGCUGAAAGUCCAGAUUUUUCUAGAACGCUCUUAAAAAGAGUAACACUUGUCAAAGUGGGAGGUGAAGUUCUCAUUGAGUGCAAGCCUAAAGCAUCGCCAAGACCUAUUUGUGCUAAUAUCUAA